AUGCAGUUAUGCAAUAAUAAAAAGGCCAAGAGGCUAUACCCGGACCUGGCAAACAAGAGAUUAUCUCCCACUUUGGUGAAUUCGGUCUCUAUCUUGCACAACCCACAUCAACACCAACGACAACAACCACUGGAAAAUACUUUUUCCACCAUGGCCCUGGAUCAACCUUUCAAGUAUGAUGUUCCCUUGAUAGGUACAGCUCCUCCUGUCCAUGAUUUUAAUCAGCCCAUACCCACACCCUCAAUUCCUGCAAGCGCCUCCGUCACAUCGUCCCUAUAUAGCCAAUGCGAUGCCAUGUUUCAGAGAUGUACCUUGAAUAGUUUACCUUCUUCCGCCUAUCUCUUAAAAAGGUCCAAACUACCUCUCUCCAUCAUGUUGGAGCCUUACCCACGAAACCAGCUAGAGAAUGUAGAAGUACCUUUAAUCACAACUGGCGUUGUCAGCCGUUGCACAAGAUGCAAAUCAUUCAUCAAUCCAUUCAUUCAAUUCAUCGAGGGUGGACUUAAAUGGAAGUGUAAUAUUUGUACCUACAGCGACAACAAUGUACCCCCAGCAUAUGAUUGGGACCAUGUGACACAACAAAAAUCAGACCGUUGGAGUCGAUCUGAAUUGAAUUACGGAUGUGUAGACUAUGUAGCAACACCCGAAUUUAUGUCAAGACCUCCUCAACCUCCAGUCUAUGUCUUUGUGAUUGAUACCAGUUUAGAAGCUGUGCAGACCGGUAUGAUUGAAGUGCUUGCAGAGGCCUUGAUGGGUUCCCUCGAUCGCUUACCCAACGCUGAAGGAAGAACGCGCAUUGCAUUUAUCACGGUCAAUCAUGCGAUUGGAUUCUAUGCCUUGAGAAAUAAGGAACCCGAGCUAAUCGUGAUGUCUGAAAUUGACGAUGUGUAUUUACCCCGCGCGCAUCAUGAUUUAGUGGUCAAUUUAAAUGAGGCAAGAUCUGUUGUCUUGGAUCUUUUGGAUCGUUUAAAGACUAUGUUUACAGUGAACCCACAUACUUAUGCUACCACACGGAACAACAAUUGUCUCGGACCUGCACUCAAAGCCGCACGUCAACUCCUGACUCCAACGGGUGGAAAAAUUGUUUGCUUUCAAGCAAGUUUACCCAACAUGGGCAUCGGGGCACUGACAGCACCUACCAAAAAAGGUCAUGGGUUGGGGGAUAAUCUCUUGCUGGAACCCAAAAGUGAUUUCUAUCGAUCCUUUUCCGAAGAAUGUGCAAAAUAUCAUGUGUGUACCGAUAUGUUUGUCUUUGGUAGUCAAAACAUUGAUCUUGCCACCCUCAAUGUGGUGCCGAGAUUUACAGGUGGUCAAACACAUUACUACCCGGGAUUCAACGCACACAAUAAAGGUGACCGAGAAAAACUCUUCUUUGAAAUCAAGAAGCUGGUCAAAGAAGAAAUCGGGUUAGAAGCUAUUCUUCGUACCCGUUGCUCUCCCGGUCUCAUCUGUAAGUCCUACCAUGGCAACUUCUCUUUCCAGGAACCCGAUAUCUUUGUUUUACCCAAUGUCCCACGCGAUGCCAGUUACUGUGUGGAUUUAGCUAUCGAACGUGAAUUACAGGGGGAUUUAGCCUACAUUCAAACAUGCAUGCUGUUUACCACAAGCUUUGGAGAACGUUGUAUUCGUGUCAUGACUACAUGUAUUCCCAUCACACGAAAAAUUACAGAUGUGUUUUACGCAGCCGAUCAAAUCGCCUGCGCACGUUCCCUUGCCUACCAAGCUAUCGAUAAAGCAGUGACGUUCAAAGUAAGAGAUGGAAAGGAAUACUUGAUCCAAAAGACGGUGGCUGUAUGCAGUGCCUACAGUAAAGAAAUCAUUGGUGUUACACCUUCCAAGAACAUUCAAUUAAACCUAUGUCGAUCGCUCUCUUUAUUACCCGCCAUGACACUUGCCCUGAUCAAAAGCGAAGCGUUUAAUGAUACGGGUGUAGUGCCACUAAAUAUGUCGAACCAGUCAGGACUGUUACUACGAACUUUACCGUUGAGUUUAUGGCCGCGUUAUGUUUACCCAAAUCUCUAUUCACUUCACAACAUGCCAGUCCAAGCUGGAACGUUAGAUAGAAACAACCACUGUAUAAUGCCUCCCCAAUUAAACCUCUCUAGUGAACGAUUAGACCGUCAUGGAUGCUACCUUGUUGAAAACGGUCAUCGUAUCCUGAUCUGGAUAGGACGAGAAGCAGUACCACAACUCUGUGAAGAUUUACUCAACGUGUCACGUGUACAAGACGUACGCUCUGGUCAAGUCGCUUCUUUACCCGAACUUCAAAAUGCGUUCUCGGAACGCGUGCAUCGAAUCAUUUCCAAAUUACGUACAGAGUCACGGCACAGUAAUUUCUAUCCUUCCCUGUAUGUGGUGAAAGAAGAAGGGGAUGUCAUGUUACGUCAUUGGUUCUUGACACACAUGUUGGAAGAUCGUCAACAGCCACCGCAAGGGUGUAGUCCCAGUAUUCACAAAUCCAUUAAUGCUACCACUAGUUAUUUCCAAUGGCUGAAUUAUAUCAAGGACAAGAUGUAG